AUGGCAUCCCUCCGCACCCGCUCUCUGCCUCUCCAUGCCCUCCGCACUGCACCAACUGCGACACGGCCAUCAUCAUUCCUCCGCCAGAUCUCCCCUCUUCCCGCAACCAAGCCAGGGAACCCCUCGACAUUACGAUGGCACUCCACUUCAUCCGUCUCGCCGGAUGAACUAUCCCACUUCUCUGCCCUGGCCAGCUCAUGGUGGGACCCAAUGGGCCCCUCCCGAAUCCUGCAUCUGUUCAACCCCCUCCGGCACGAAUUCAUCGCGACUUGCCUAGCAGACAGCCCACCACCAGCAAUCCAAGACCCUACCUUCAACACCGCAAACCUCCAUUACCUCGACAUCGGCUGCGGCGGCGGCAUCUUCGCCGAAUCGCUCGCGCGCACAAUCCCACUCGACCCUUCCGCCGCAUCCCCCACACCCACGCGCGCAGCAUCCAUGACAGCCGUCGAUCCCUCACCAACACUAAUCCAGAUCGCCCGCGAUCAUGGACGCAUGGAUCCAACGGUAGAGUCACACCUGCGUAGCGGCAAGCUACGAUACCUAAACACAACCCUCGAAGACGUCCUCUUCACCUCCACGCCAGAAACACCCGCGCAAUUUGACAUGGUUACCCUCUUCGAAGUAAUUGAGCACAUUGACCCAACAACGACAACACCACAAGCCUUCCUGGCCAAUUGCCUUCGAGCCCUGAAGCCAGGUGGCUGGUUAAUCGGCUCCACAAUCGCACGCACGUUCCCAUCCUGGAUCCUGAACCAGGUUAUUGCCGAAGCGCCGUGGCCGAUUGGUGUUGUUCCUCGGGGUACGCACGAGUGGAGCAAGUUUGUGAACCCGCCGGAGUUGAAGUCGUGGGCGCAGGAGGGGUUGAUGCGUGCCGCUGAUACGGCUACUACUCGUGGCGGGGCGAGAGACCUUGAGGGGAUGCGGUGGAAAUGUGUUGGGACUGUUUAUGUACCUGGGCUUGGGUGGAAGAUUGUACCUGGGUCUGAGGAUUGGGGGAAUUAUUUCUGGGCCGUGCAGAAGAGUGUCUGA